AUGGCACCGAGGACCUGGCUUCUGUGCUUGCUGCUGCUAGGCUUAGUCCUCCCAGGAGCUUCCAGCAGAGCCCACCAGCACUCCAUGGAGACCCGCACCCCUGACAUCAAUCCUGCCUGGUACACGGGCCGUGGGAUCAGGCCUGUGGGCCGCUUCGGGAGGAGGAGGGCAGCCCUGAGGGAUGUCACCGGACCUGGCCUGCGGUGCCGGCUAAGCUGCCUCCCAUUGGAUGGAAGUACCAAGUUCUCUCGAAGCUCAUGA